CUUUUUCUCUUGCUCAUGCCGUCUCUCUUUCUUUCUCUCUCACACACACAGCUACUUUUACCCGAGGGCUGGAGGACUUCCCUACCCAAAGAACAGCAUGCGUGGGUAAGUCGGGCCCUUUUCACCAGGGGCAAGGAUGGAAAGCCUGUUCUGACGUCCAACCUUCGCCUUUGGUGGUAUCCUCCCGGCCCCCGCAACGUGCACCUCCAGCCCCCGACAUCGCCCGACACCUUUUUUCAGCGCCCGUUCUUCCUGUGGAUGCCGUACCGCAUGUGGGGCUACAAGCUGUCCUGCACGGUGUGCAGCCACAGGUUGUCGGGAGCCGGACUCUACAGGACCGUCCGGAGGGUCCUGGAGUCAGACGGAUGGUACUUUAUGGCCACGGAGUACCUGGAGUGCCGGCGCUGCAAGAAGAAGGUGGCGGGCUGGUCGCAGGAUGUCUUGGAUCAGCUGCACUGCACCCACCUGGAUGACUUUCCAGCUAUCCUGACUUACAGAUUAUCCUGCGACAAAAAGCUCAUCGGGCAGAUGCGUGAGCGCACGCUGGGCAACGGGGCCACCCGGCUGCGCAAAUAUCUGCUCGAGGAGCACGUCAAGUCCUGGUUGGAGCGGUCCAGAAAGUUCAUGUUCGCGGCCACCAAGUUCAUCACAUCGGGUGCCGAGCCAUCUACGACUACGCCUCGACCACCACGGAUGACCCCGGUGCCCGGUGUAAAGUGGUUGCUGUCCAUCUAUGCCAGGGAGGUGGCUUCGAGGAUAGAAGAGACCAAGGCCCGGAUCACCUCCAUCUUUGGCUCAUUCUUGAAGAUGGACUCAACCAAGAAGGUGACCAAGAAACUUGCUGGUGCCGCGGCAGGAACGGCAGCCUGGGUGACCAACGUGGGGAAUGAGUACGGCCAGGUCUUAAUCAGCGUCCUCACUGCAGCCGAGGGUGCUGGCCUGUACCCCAUGGCCACCGGGCUGAUGCGGCGAUACCGUGAUGCCGGUGUUUCCCCGCCUCUGGUCCUCUAUGUGGACCGAGACUGCUGUUCCCACGGGGGACCAUCCAAGGUGUCCCUCUUAUUCCAUCAGUGGGAUCAGCUAGUGGUGCGGCUCGACGUGUGGCACCUGAUGCGACGCUUCGCGGCGGGUGUUACCACGGAGAGCCACCCACUAUACAGCCUCUUCAUGGCGCGUCUCUCGUUCUGCAUUUUUGAGUGGGACGAGGGAGACGUCGCCCGGCUGCGACAGGCCAAGGCUGGUGAGGCGGGGAAGGGUCCCCGAGGCUCCAGGCAGGGAAACAUCCCGUUAAAGGAGCUGGCCCGCCACUGCCGCCGCCGCACGCGCGGGGCGGAGGAGACUGGCCGGCUCAUUGACGAGAUGUUGGAGGCCUUCGGGGACGCCACUGACACCAUGGGUAUCCCGCUUUUGGACCGCGCUAAGAUCCAGGACAUCUGGAAAACACAGAGGCGCCACCUCCACUGCAUCCAGGACCCACCCGGCGUGCACCUGUACAUGCAGACCGGGCAGCUGGUCAAAGGGGGGAUGACGCUGCCGGUGUUCAGGUGUGCGCGAGGUUCAACUUCGUUGGAGUCGUUCCACCUGCAUCUGGACCGCUUCAUACCUGGCACUUCAGCCAGCGCGGCCCACUUUCAGGCCUAUCUGCUGGAAGGCCUGGCGCGGUGGAACGAGGACCGUGCGGCACAAGCAGUGGAGGCAGCAGACCGUGAUAUGGUCUGCUACAGUGGCCAACUCCAGCACACCGUCAAUGAGCUGAGUGAAAUUUUAUAUCGCACGAAGCUAAUUGACGAUCACACCCGGCCUGCGAAGUACACUGGUGAGCUCAUCGGCGUCCAGUACCUUUUUUCGCAGACCGGUCGAGUGCUGGAGGAAGUGAUGGGCAGGGAUCCCGACGCUCCGGAUGGGACUGAUACAGACGACGACGACAGUGUCGACGAGGGCUUCCAAGAGAACGAGGGGUCAGUACAAGAACAUCUCGAAAACACCCUCUUCGGCCUUGAGGAGGACUUCGCCCGACAACCGUCGUCUGACAAGUCCCAGUCGCAACCUGCCAUCGGCGCCUCACAGUCUGGGCCAGCCGACCAGGAGACCUCCCCUGGAGACGAGGCCAUUCAAAGGGUGUCCCACGAGCCAAGUAGCCUUGGAGCUGACACUGGCCCGGGUUACGAGCACGUGGUCAACCUGGCCUCUAGUCUCAUGACGCUGCGUCACCGUGCCUACGUGACUCAGCAGCAAGUGGCGGAGAUUGUCGCUCUCUGGGAACGAUUGCCGGAGGGCGACAAGGCCCCGGUUCGCUUCCCGCCACGCCACCAGGAAAGACUGGUGAAGGGGAGGUUCCGACGCAAGCACUCGCAGACCAGUGUCACACCGGGAGUGGAGAGCUUGCGACGGUGUAUGGUCGGCCAAGGCGGCCAAGCCGCACAGAUGCCAAACAUCAGCCGCCUUGUGGAGGCCGUUUGUAUAGAGCUGUCCAGGAUUCACCCCGAAGGAACCACCAUCUGCGGCGUGAGGGUGAACCGCUGGGCAGCUGUGAUGCGGGAUUAUAUCUGCAUCCAAGAGAACAUCCUUACAAACCCGGUACUCAUGGCCCAGACACGUAUCCAGUUAUUCCUCCUCAAUCAGCGCACCCUGGCACAAUGGUAAGUACACACUGGACAAGUGGGAUCCACCAUGCCCCUCUCCUCCCUCCCACCCUGACUUACUUUGCUUUCUGUCCCUGUAGGCACCUCACUCGCACCAGGGAGCUGGUACGGCGGGCUCUGGAGAUGGCCGUGCCAUUGCCAUCCAGCUCGGCCCUUGCUUCGGAGCCCACCCCUGCCGUACGGCCACG